GAAACACGUCCAAAGAAGCAGAGCAGUUCCAAGAAACAGAGCGCCGAGCGAAGGACUCUCCCCGUCGACUCCGCCAUCCAUCCAUGGCCGGCUGCUGCGUCUUCCUCCGAUGGCCGUCCACCUCUUCUGCCUCCCGCCUCGGGUACCACGCCAUCGACGACGAGGCCGGCCCGCCCCCGGCGACGGUCACGGUGGUCGUCGGGAAGGACCGGCGGGUGUUCGCCGUGGACCAGCUGGUGCUCGACACCUACCCGUUCCGGGUGCUCCUGGAGACAGCGGCGCGGAAGGAGGAGCGGCGGGGCAAGUCCCUGUUCGUGGACGUCGACGCCAUCCUCUUCGAGCACAUACUCUGGCUCGCCCGCUGCCACGACCGCUCAGCUGUUUCCCUCCUCCAGCCCGACCUCAAGGAGAUCAUCGACUUCUACUCCCAGGAAGCUUGAUCGACUCUGACCCUGAUCCUAAUUCGGUCGGCGCGUCUGCUGAUUGAUUGAUCAUAAUUUUUUUUUUCUCUUUUAUAAUUCUUUCAUUUUUUUUCUUUUCAUAUUCUUCUCAUGCUAAUGUGCAUACUGAUGAAUCAAAUAUAUGUUACAAGUUA